AUGGCAUUACUAUCGAAACUCUCGAGCAUAUGUUUCACGGCAGUGCUUGCUGCUUCUCUCUAUCCUAAUAUGGCAACCCCUGCAGUGGCAUCCAUGGAUCCGUCGCAGGUGACAGUCGAGCAACUCUACGGCCAAAUCGCGGGUCCCAGCGUUGAAGAAAAUCCCAACUUUGUCUUCUCUCCACUUAGCAUCUUUACCGUGUUCCACGCAGCGCAGAGAGGUGCCGCGGGUGAGACAAGACGACAAAUGGACGCCCUCGUUGGUCCGAACGAGUCCUUUGAUAUCCCCGAACUGGAGCAGUCCAACCGCGCAGGAGGCGCUGUAGUUGCCGAUGUUGCGAACCGGCUCUACGUCCACCCUGGACUCGAACAUAAUGAGCAUUUUGUCCGCUUCCAGCGAGAGUUGGAGAGGGAAAAGCACUCCGCUGAAGUCAUCGACUUCGAUGAUUCAGCAGCAGCAGCGAAGAAGAUCAACAGUUUUGUGGCAGAUGCCACGAGGGAUCAUAUUAAGCGCCUCGUUGACCCGUCUUCCUUAGGCCCGCAGACGCGCCUGGUGUUGAUCAACGCCUUGUACUUCAAAGCGCCGUGGCUCACACAAUUCCAGGAUCAUGCAACAAGCAGAGAUGUGUUCUUCGCUCAUUCUGGCCCCCAGAAAGUCUUUUUCAUGAAUGGAACGCUGACUAAGGACCCCCUUCUCAUUUCGAUGCAGAAAGAAGUCCUUGCCUUGGGUCUGCCGUACGCUGACCCUCGCCUCCGCCUAUACAUUUUCAUGCCCGAAAACCUUCAGGAAUUUGAACAGCAAAUAGUGAAAUCUCCGAAGGUCAUAGAAGACCUCAUUGACAACAUGGAAUCGCACGCUAUUGCUGGGUUAUCUGAGGAGCUGCACAUCUCCAUGCCAAGGUUCAAGCUUUCCGCUGAGGAUAACAAGAUCGACUUGAUAGAGCUCUUUGCGUCUAUGGGUGCCACUGACAUGUUCGAUAUGGAUAAGGCAGACUUUUCUGGCAUUACAGGCGGCAGGGAUCUGUGUGUUUCUUCCUUUGUUCACCAGGCAGAUAUCGAUGUGAAUGAGGAAGGCACCGAGGCGACGGCUGCCACUGCCAUGGCCAUGAUGCUGCGCAUGAUGGCCAUGCCUAAAACCCCAAUUAAUGUAGUUCUCAACAAGCCCUUCAUCUUCCAGCUGAGAUUUAUAGACGAAGGGGUGAACUUGAAUCUCUUUAGCGGCCGUAUUGCAGACCCCUCCACUGCGCAGUAG